AUGCUGGAGAUAAAGAAGGAUAUCAGUAGUGAUAAGAAAACUAAAAGACGUAGGGUUGCUCUGGCAUGCGAGGGCUGCCGUCAGAGAAAAACUCGAUGUGAUGGUAUUCAGCCGACUUGUGGGAUAUGUCAAAAAAGAAAUAUACCUUGUGUCUAUGGAAAGCGAUAUACAAGAGCACACGUAAGUGUGGAUUAUGUAAAAAGACUAGAAGAAAAAUUAGAUAUAUUAUCUAAUGAUAGGAAAUUUAAAUCUGAUACAGAUCGUUCCUCAUCUAUAGGAAGCAUACGAAACGUGAAAGAAGAAAGUCCACAUGAAGAUGAAGACGACGAUGAAGAUGAAGAUAAUUAUGAUGAGGAAGAAGCGGAGGUAGCAUCUGAAGCUCAAAUACAACCCGAUCUGAAGCAACAGAAUUCCAAGUUUCACCAAACAGAAAGUUCUGAAUAUUCGACCACUGAUGCUAUGGGAGCAGACUCAGAAACAAACCCGAAUGUGCAAACUAAGGAUAGGAGCUUUUAUGGUAGAUCUGCUGCAAUGUCUUUUAUGAAGGAACUUUUUAAAUCAGUGGAUGGUAGCAAGCUGAGUGAUGAGGAAGUUGACACGGCUAAGAAAUGUAAAUACAAGAUGUGUCGCUCCUAUAAACCAUCCAAUAAGAAUAUAGACAGCAUAAAACUUCCCCCAAGAAGUGUUGCCAAUAGUUACGUUAGAAAUUACUUCGACUAUGCAUAUCCUCUUUAUCCCUUUAUCCACAAGCCGACAUUUAUGGCUGCUUACGAGCGAAUAUGGUCAGCAGGGGGCGAUAGGUCAGAAAUUGAUGAAUUGUAUUAUUCGAUAGUGAAUUUGAUAUUUGCAUUUGGGUAUCGCUUAUCACCAACAGGAGAAUUAUUAGAGACAGAUGCCAAUGCCAAU